GAGGAGGAGGAAGACGGCGAAGACGAGGAACGGGUAGAUGACAGCUUUCAGGAACUCCUGUUUGACACUGAGUUCCUGUCAGACCCGUCACACCCUGCAGACCUCCAGGACACUGCAGAGCAGGAGUGUGUGGACUCUGAUGGAUCCCCGGGGUACCACCACGUGAUGAACCUGGCCAAGUGUCUGGUGGAGCUGCGCCGGUCGGGCCUGGUCUCCGUGGCGCGGAUCUUGUCCUUGUGGGACAAACUCCCAGAGGGAGACAAAGGCCCUUUGACCUUUCCCCGCCGAUACCAGGAGACACUGAAUAAGGGCAGGUUCUGCAAGACGAAAUCUGCUGUCCACGCAGCUUCUAGCGUUGCAGAGGGGUUGCAGAGCAUGAGGCGUCAGGGCAGCGGUCCCUCCUCCAAUCCUGACUCCAGCAGGCUGGUGGAGGCCAUCUGCAUUCUGCAGCCUCAGGGCUGCUCCCUGGCCGGAGCUCGGAUCAGCCGCUGGACUCUGAUCCUCAGGAACUAUUGCACCAUCAGAGACAGCGUGCUGGCCAAUCAGAGCCUCCGAACCAAGCUGCAGCUCUUUGAAGUCAACCAGCGGACGCUCAUACAGUGGUUCAACUGGAGGAAGGGGAUCCAGGAAGGUCACGUCCUCCAAAUAGGCAUCCCAUCCGCCAGCUGUUCUGUUGGCCCGACAGCCGCCUCCCAUGGACCAGCACCCCCCAGCCCUCACCAACCAGCCGCGCCCCUCCCAGGGAUGACACCGUGUCUUCUGUCCUCGCUGUGGGGCCUCAGUGAAGACCCCCACUCACUUUCCCUACGGCGGGGGGGUGUACUGUGGAGUCACAGCAGAAGAUGGCAUGACGCUGGGGGGCUCACAGACAGAGGGGUGCCAAGAACCACCGUAUGGCGGUUAAAGAAAAAGCACAAACAAUAACCGGUACCUGGCCACCCCCAAAGGGACGGACUUGUCCCAAGUGUGGACAGAGGAAGAUGCGUGCAACUGGACACUCCAUCCUCCCUUCAGCCAGGGAGAC